AUGGCCACCUCCUCCUCCUCUGCGCCCGAACUGCCGGUGUUCGAAAAGACGCCUCUGCCCGACUUUUCGCGCACCAACCCGCUCGGCGCAGGCAGGUACGUGUCGACAGCCGCAUGCCUCAUCAUCGGCGACGAGGUGCUGAACGGCAAGACCAAGGACAGCAACUCGAACUACCUCGCCAAGUUCUGCUUCGACCUCGGCAUCGAUCUGCGCCGCAUCGAGGUGAUCCCCGACGAUGAGCAGACGAUCGUAGAGGCCGCACGUCGACUCACGGAUCAGUUCGACUGGGUCGUCAGCAGCGGUGGCAUCGGCCCCACGCCGGACGACAUUACGUACGAGAGCAUGGCCAAGGCGUUUGGUGCCGAGCUCGAGUACGAUGAAGAGGUGGUGCGCAGGAUGGCGGAGAAUCUCAAGGCUAGACAGGUGAAUACCGACGUUACGCCGGAUAUGAUCACGGCACGCAAACGCAUGGCGCUCUUCCCGAACAAACACGCCGAAGUGAUCUUCCCCACAGAAAGGUUGUGGGUGCCAGUCGUGCGCAUGGCAGGUAAACUCUGCAUCCUCCCCGGCGUCCCACGGCUCUUUGAAGCCCUGCUCGACGGUAUGGAGAGCUACAUCCCGCUCGACCCCAACCGACCUCGCCCCUACAGGGUGCUCAUCCACACGCGUCUGCCUGAAAGCAACAUCUCCCCCUUCCUCGUCAAGCUGACGGACAAGUGCAAGCCCAACGGCAUCAAGGUCGGCUCCUAUCCAAAGUGGAACAACGGCGUAGACGUCUCGCUCAUCGGAAACGACUGGGACGAGCUCGAGAAACUCAUCCCAGAGGUCGAAAAGGAGGUAGAGGGCAAACUCAUCGAGUCCGGCCAGCUCGGCAAGACGCGCGAUCCCCAACAGCAGCACAAGAUCUAA